AUGGCAGGCGCGCAGCCUGGGCCUUCAUACCUUCAAGGAAGAGCUCCUCAACCUGCACCUACACCCAGCCCAGUCGCACGGAGAAAGUUGAGUGAAUCUCUGAAGGAGGACGGAGAUGGAGCUCAUGUUGGUGCGAGAAAUCAGCCUCUUCGGAUUGCGGCCGACAAGCUGCAAGCAGCGGUCGAGGAAGGAGGAGCGCAAAGUGAGGGGGAGAGACGCGAGAUCAUCUUGGGUCCAUUUUACGGUGGCAGCGAGGCAGCGGAGAAGGUCAGGAAAGCAUUGGAUCAAGACCGCGGAUCAUUGCGAAGGCUGGCCAAGACGCAAGGCUCUGAAGAUGCUGAACUGCUGCAACAGGUGCUUGCUAGAAGUCUGGCCUCACAUCCGGACAAAGAGAGUCCCCUGCGGCCGAGAGCGAGAGCGGCAGUAGCUCAGGCCAGAUCUGUGGAAGCGCUGAUUGCGGGCGACGAUGAUCUGCUAGAUGCCAGAUCGACAGCCGACGAUGAGGACUCUCACCAACGACGACAAACAGCAGCGGAGGAGCGUUGCUUCGUUGGUAAUGACCAGCUGAGCUGCUAUCCCACGCCGGGCUUGCGAGUCAAUCAGGGCCAAUGGAGCAGAGUGAGUAUCGAGACUUGGGGCUUUGGACACAAACGGUGGACAAGGUCUGGAUGGCUAGCUAUGUCAAUGGGAUCAAGAAGAGAAGUGGGCGGCUCGAGGUAUGCAAGCUGAACAAGGGCUGACGGGGAUGUUCAUUACACUUUUUACACUUUGCUCCCCUCGCAGUUGAUCUGGAACAGCAAUUAUCCUGAAUUUACCAACAAUGGCGGGUUCGUCGACAUCUAUCUUUUCCACGAAGACUCUGACCAGGUUGCCACCAGCUGGACGCGCGUCGAGAAUGCCCAGGGACGUUUGUCCUUCCAACCAAACGAUGCUUGGUGGCAGGGCAGAGUGCCCGCCGACAACUUCAACGGUACCAACAUCGCCUGGCCAUUCUACUUUGUCGUUACGUAUGCAGGUGAAGGCUUGACAGGCAGCACUACUCGCCUUGCUACAUUCUCUGCGGUGCAGACAGCACUGCCGACCGCCAUCUCAGCUGAACGGGUCUCUGCAUCGUCAGCUGCCUCCGCCUCAUCUGCCGCAGCCUCCCUCUCAUCCGCCUCUGCGGCAGCUUCUGCUUCCGCUGCUGCAUCAUCUGUCGCUACAUUGACAGGAAGCGCUGCCUCUGCUGCGUCGUCUUCAGCCGCUGCUGCGUCUUCAUCAUUUGCAGCCAGCUUGACUUCUCAACUGGUGUCGUCACUCAACUCUAUGGGCGAGACUGGCACGCAAACUCUACAAGGCACCGCGACUACCACGCUUGACAAUGGUCAAAUCAUCACAGCGACCGCCACCGGUCGUGCAAAUGGCGUGCCUGUCUUGCCGCCCGGAGAAGGUGAAGCCGGCUUGCCGCACUACGCCAUUGCUCUCAUCGUCGUCUUUGGCUUCCUCGCGCUCCUUGCCGUCCUUGUCGGAGCCUACUUCUUGAUGGCAGCUGCUAGAAGGAGACGACAAGGAGGCAGCCACGCGGGAAGCGAUGCACCUAUGAUGGAUGGUAGCAACGCGCGCUCGUCUGUGAUAGGAAGUACCGACGCUGGUCACUCUGGCAACGACUCGAUGCGCGAGGCUGGUGGCGUGGGAGCCGGAGCUCUUGCAGGUGGCUUGGCAGCUAGUGGUGCUUCUCAGCGCAGCGCAGCGGAGGAGCAGAGUCCCUUUACCACUGACGAAGCUUCGCGAAUGGCCGACGCUUUCCGUGCAGCGUUGCGCAAGCCAGAAUUCAACACCGGUAGCAUUGCCGGACCAUCUGGUGGCGAAAGCACGAGUCCCGGAGAGAGUCCCGGCGAGAGUGGCAACGGAGUCGGUGCAUUGUUGCGCGACGAGCUCAAGGCCGAAGGUCGCGAAGUGCAGAGCGUGGGAGAGCGGCGGACACCUAAAGUCACUGCUUCCGACUAG